AUGGCCUGUGUCCCACUGAUGGCAGAAGAGGGCGUUGUUAUAGUGUCUCCUGGAUACAGUGUACUUAUGCUGAGACAGAUGCUUAGUAAGACUCGCUUGUUUCACCAAAAUACUGAUUGUCACAAGAAGCACAAGGGACAGCAUAGACAGAGGUCAGCAGAUCAACAGGUCACGGAAGGGUCAGCAGGUCACCAAGUCCCCGGGACAUUCGAAAUGAUUUUGGGACAUGUCAUUCAGGGGGAAAAUGUCAACGAGAUGACAUGUCUCACAUUUCGUCCAGAAAUAAAAUUCCAGGAAACUUCAUUCCCAGAAAUUCGAUUCCCAGAAACUACAUUCCAAGAAACUUCACUCCCAGAAAUAAAAUUCCAGGAAACUUCAUUCCCAGAAAUUAGAUUCCCAGAAACUACAUUCCAAGAAACUUCAUUCCCAGAAAUAAAAUUGCAGGAAACUUCAUUCCCAGAAAUUAGAUUCCCAGAAACUACAUUCCAAGAAACUUCACUCCCAGAAAUAAAAUUCCGAGAAAUUUCAUUCCCUGAAAUAAUAUUCCAGAAAUUGGAUACCCAUAAACUUCAUUCCCAGAAAUUAAAUUCCGAGAAAUUUCAUUCCCAAAAACUUGAAUCCCAUAAACGUCAUUCCAGAAAUAAAAUUCCAGGAAACUUCAUUCCAGAAAUUAGAUUCCCAGAAACUACAUUCCGAGAAACUUCAUUCCCAGAAAUUAAAUUCCAGGAAACUGUAUUCCCAGAAAUUUAA